AUGCCGCAUGCUUCGGAAUUGUGUGAUUCACCGGAUAUUAAGAAUUCAUAUCCUUUACAUACUAUUGCCAAUAGUUCGGAAAAUGGAGAAAGUUCUUCAAUGCAGCGAUUUCCAUCUCGCUCAGGUAUGGAAUUGGAAAAAAGAUACGAUCAUGAAGAACGUUUGGAGAGUUUUCUGAAAUAUAAAUACGAAUCAGAGAGCGAAGAAGACGACCCAUUAGAAAUGGAGAAAAGUCAUAAUCGCCAAACAAAUACCAUUGCACGAAGAUCGAAAUAUAAGCCUAGAAAACGCUAUGGACAUAGAGAUCCGGAUAUUUUUUCUUCAAAAAUGCAACUUGAAAGUGAUGUGCGGAAGUACCCUUGUCCAGAGUGUCCAUUGUCGUUCAAGACUGGUUACCAUCUGAAGCGCCAUCACGCGACUAUUCAUCAGGAUCAGCGGUUCCCGUGCAAUGUAUGCCAAACUUCAUAUGGACGACGGGAGAAGUUACGUGCACAUAUGGAGCUUGUGCAUCAGAUUCAAAGCUAUUUUGUCUGCGACAUCUGCCUGGUAUCGUAUGAAAGUUCUGAUCUACUGCAACGGCACGUUUACCGGCAUCAACACCCUAAACCGCUUGAAUGCGGUACAUGUUUCACGCCAAGCGUCCGCCUGGCAGAUGAAAGCUAUUCAUCCAAUCAUAUUUGUAUUACGUACCAGGAUAGCUACGAAUGUUGCGGAAAGGACUUUGGAUUUCAUUACUAUUACAACCGACACAUGCUCACGGCGCAUAACAUAAAAACCAACGCCCGGGUGAAACUUCCCAAAGGCACGUUGCUUAGUCAGUUUCGUGCCUUGCGUUCUGCAAAAGUAUAG